CCACUACUACGGUCACAUUGUUUGCAGUCAGUGUAAAUGUCAGUCGCAAUUUGUUAUUAAAAGGUUUUGCAUUUACAAAUAAUGCAAAUUAAACAAUUAGUGAUCAACUAAAAAGUUAUUCGAAAGGCAAAUCAAGUGUUUCCAGCAUCAAUUUCAUCGGAGGAGCAGCAACAGCCUCAAAAUUGGUAAAGUGGACGGCAACACAAUGGGCAGCUCGGACGAUCGCGUCUAUGCUGCCGAAAAAAUCAUCCAGAAGCGCGUUAGAAAGGGCGUUGUGGAGUACCGUGUCAAGUGGAAGGGCUGGAACCAACGCUACAACACCUGGGAGCCUGAGGUGAACAUCUUGGAUCGUCGCCUAAUCGACAUCUACGAGCAGAGCAACAAAUCCUCGGGCACACCCUCCAAACGCGCCGCCGCUCUUAAAAAGAAGGAGAAGGAACCCGAUCCGGAGCCAGAAUCUGAGGAGGAUGAGUAUACAUUCAACGGCGAUGAUGUGCCUGAUACCAAUCAGGCAACCACAUCGACUGCCGCCGCUACCAACGAUGGCGUGGACAAAAAGGAUAAGGACAAGAAACACCAUCAUCACCAUCACCACCAUCAUCAUCAUCAGCAGCAGCAGCACAGCAACAACAACAACCAAAGUAUCAAGUCCGAACGGAUUAGUAAUCGUCGUUCCGAAUCGCCGUUGACUCAUCAUCAUCAUCAUGAGUCGAAGCGGCUGCGCAUGGAUCACAGCUCGUCUUCGAAUUGCAGCUCCACGCACAAUGAGAAUUCGUUUGUGCCGGAGGCAGACACCAACUCAUCCAGUUCAGAGGAUCAACCACUUAUGGGCACCAAGCGCAAGGCUGAGGUGCUCAAGGAAUCUGGCAAGAUUGGUGUCACCAUUAAAACCUCACCAGAUGGACCGGCAACCAAGCCGCUGCAGUCGGCACAGGAGCAACAACAACAAAAUGCAACAGAAUCGGCCACUCAGCCACACAAGACAGAGCUGCAGAGUGCGCCACUGAACACUGAGCCGGAGGCAGGUGAAACACCGACGCCAGCCUAUACCGAGGAGGAGGAUGAUGAGGCGUCAGCGGCGCAGACAGCGGAAAACAAUAACAUACCAAAACUGAGUGGCGCCCUGGCGUUAAGCCAAAAGCAACCGUUGACGCCGCUGUCGCCGCGUGCAUUGCCGCCGCGGUUCUGGUUGCCCGCCAAGUGCAACAUAUCGAAUCGAGUGGUCAUCACGGAUGUCACCGUCAACCUGGAGACGGUCACCAUACGCGAGUGCAAAACAGAGCGAGGAUUCUUUCGCGAGCGCGACAUGAAAGGCGACUCUUCGCCAGUGGCCUAGGCCGUUUUUCUGCUCCAAAUUCAAUUGUAUAUAGUUUUACAAAAAAACAAACAAACAAACAAACAAACAAAAAUCCAUGCUAAAUGUUGCAAAGCAUUUUCUUUUAAGAAAUAACUUAUUUAUUUUAUUUAUUUAUAGCCUAGAAACUAGUUUGUUGUUUUAUUACAAUGUUUAAAGAGCAGCUCCAGCUGUUGAGCAGCACCAAAAGUUGAAAUUUCACAAGGAUUGAUCAACUUUUGCAACUGCACAACGCCUGUUAGUUCAGCUAGUUGUAUGUCUUGUAGUUUAGCAGAGUAUAUAACACCAUAUAUAUUUAUUUAACAUAUAUGUAUAUUUUUCUAUAACAACUUGAAUCUGACAAAACCAAAACACACUCAUACACGCAGAAAAUCCAUGCGAAACUGAAGUAAUUGCUAUUACGCUUGAUAUACACAUUUACAACCUACCAUAAAUACUUAUAUACAAGUAUAUGUAUUAAACUAAGAAUGUUACAAAUCAGCAGCAGCGUCAAUAUUUCACUUUUUUUAUAUGGCUUCCUUUUGUAACCCAAUAUUGUAAAGAUUUUAUUGUUUUUAGCGCUGACUGAAUUGGAGCAAAUACAUAAACAAAAGAAAGGAAUAACAUAUAAGUUGAUGCAUGUGGUUAGAUAUUAGCUUAUUAUUAUCUACUCCUGCAUAAUUUAUUUUUUAGGUUUAAUUUUUAAGUUUGAUUGCUGGAGAAAUGCUGACUAUAUGUGCUGCCAAAUGUGCAGUGCGCAAUGGAUUAAGUUCAUAAUUCUGUGGCGUUCAUAGAUUCAGCACUUUUUCGCAUAGUUUACACACAAUUCCUUUUAAAUUGUUCUGUACAUUUUUUGAUAUACCUAAUUUUAAUAAACAACGCACAAAAGGAAACAAAAGUCACGAAUGAUUUUUGUUUUGUUUUGACACCAUAUUUUAUAA